AUGUCUCACAGUGAGAGUCAGAGCCAUGAGCUUGAAGUAGGCCUUAAGGCCCAAAGAGAGGCUCAGGACCUGGUAGCUGCACAGGUUCCUGCAACUGAGGAGAAGGAAACUGCCUCUUCUCUCUCUCCUUUGAUCCAGGGCGCCCCAGAGGCGGUGCCUGCUGCUGGAAACGCAGGUGUUCUCCAGCAGUCAGGGGAAGCCUGCUCUUCCUCCCCCGCCGUCGAAGCCACUCUAUCGAGCAAAUCAAAUGAGGGCUCCGGCCACCCAAGACGGGAUGCAGGUGCCUCCCAGGCUCCACCAGACCCGGCGAUCUUGCCUGACGAUGUCCUGGAAGAGAUGGUAGCUAAAUUGCUGCAGUUUCUGAGUAGCAAGUAUGUAGCAAAGAAGCCCAUCACAAAGGCGGAAAUGCUGAAGAGCAUCAAAGGGCACAAGAACCACUUCCCCGUGAUCUUCAAGAAAGCCUGUGAGUGCAUGGAGAUUGUCUUUGGCCUCGAAGUGAAGGAAGUGAACCCCAUCAACCACUCCUACGUGCUUACCAAAACCCUAGACCUCACCUACGAUGGGAUGCUGAGUGACGACCAGGGCAUGCCCAAGACCGGCCUCCUGAUCCUUAUCCUGGGUGUGAUCUUUAUGGAGGGCGACCGUGCCCCUGAGGAUAGGGUCUGGAGGGUGCUGAGCGAGAUCGGAGUGUAUGCUGGGACGAAGGAUUUCAUCUAUGGGGAACCCAGGAAGCUCAUCACCGAAGAUUUAGUGCAGGAAAAGUACCUGGUAUACCAGCAGGUGCCCCACAGCGAUCCUCCACAGUACGAACUCCUGUGGGGUCCCAGGGCCCACGCUGAAACCAGCAAGAUGAAAGUCCUGCAGUUUUUUUCCAAGGUCACUGGCAAUGACCCCACUUCCUUCCCGUACUGGUAUGGAGAAGCUUUGCGAGACGAGAGAGAGCGAGCCCGGGCCACAGUGGCCACCACCGAUGGUACUACUGUCACAGCCAGUGAAGGUUCCAGUGUCCCGUCCGGCAGCUUCUCUUGCCCUGAGUGA